GAUUUUUAAAAACGCAGUUCAGAUCCGCUCAACGGAAUGAAAAACUCCGAAGUGGAGUUUAAAUGAAGUCCGGGCUCCUGUUCUCCUAACCAGACUUCCCCCCCCCCCAGCCCCCCCUGCUCGGACCGCCGACCGGCUUCAGCACCCGGGGAGCAGAGAUGAGAAGUUUGCUCCUGGUCGCCCUGUGUCUCUCGACGCGUCCGCUCCGGGUUGACAGUCGACAUCCGACCUGUAACUUCAUGUUGGAGGUGGAGCGAGACCAGGUGGAGUGUCUGAAGCGGCUGAGGGAGGAGGAAGAGGAAGAGGAGGCCGCUGGCAGCCGUAAAGAGCCGGGCUGCAAAGGAACAUGGGACAACAUAGCGUGUUGGAAGCGAGCCGAGGUCGGAGGGACCGUCACCAUCCCCUGUCCCCGGGUCCUCAGGACUCUAUUCGGCAGAAAUGGUAACAUUAGCAGGAACUGCACGUCAGCGGGAUGGUCGGAGGUUUUCCCAAACAUCAGCAGUGUGUGUGAGUCGGACACGAGCCAGGACAAGCUGGUCUUCUACGUGGUCGUGCAGAUGUUGUACACUCUGGGUCACAGUCUGUCUCUGAUCGCCCUGACCACGGGGAGCGCCAUCCUCUGUCUGUUCCGGAAGCUCCACUGCACCAGGAACUACAUCCACCUCAACCUCUUCUUCUCCUUCAUCCUGAGAGCCGUGGCCGUGUUGGUGAAGGACGACAUCCUCUUCAACCGAACCUCGCAGUGCUCCAACCAGCCGUCACUGGUGGGAUGUAAAGCCAGCCUGGUGUUUUUCCAGUACUUCAUCAUGGCCAACUUCUUCUGGCUGCUGGUGGAGGGUCUGUACCUCCACACUCUGCUCGUCGUCAUCUUCUCUGAGAACAGGCACUUUAUCGUCUACAUGUUCAUCGGCUGGGGAAUUCCCACUCUGUUCGUCUUUGCGUGGGUGAUGACGAGGAUUUAUCUGGAAGACACCGGAUGCUGGGAGACGAACGACAACCCCAUACCCAACUUGGUGAUCAACGGACCAAUCGGAUUCUCCAUUAUGGUGAACUUCAUCCUGUUCAUCAGCAUCAUCCGGAUCUUGGUUCAGAAGCUGAGGUGUCCCGACGUGGGCGGCAACGACCAAUCGCAAUACAGGAGGUUGGCCAAAUCCACUCUCCUGCUGAUCCCUCUGUUUGGGAUCCACUACGUGGUCUUCGUCUCUCUCAGCGAAUCCAUCGCAGAAGAUUAUAAAAUAUUUUUUGACCUGGCACUCGGAUCCUUCCAGGGUCUGGUGGUGGCCAUCCUGUACUGUUUCCUAAACAGUGAGGUUCAAGGCGAGCUGAAGAGAAAGUGGCGGAGCAUGUGUCUGAACUGCCGCCUGAGCAGAGAUCACCACUUCAACAGCGCCUUCGCCUCCAGGAACAGCUCGGAGCACAUGGUGCAGUUUCAACGCAACUCCCGCACCCAGUCCAUCCUGCAGUCGGAGACCACAGUGCUGUGAGGACUAGGGGAGGAUCCUGGAGACGGUCUCCAGGUUGGCCGGAAGUUGGAAUAGUUUUACAAAACGAUUUUAGCAUUGCAACCUGAGGUGAAGUGCCACACGGGUAGAAACGUUUGAGUGAAGAUUUUGGUUUUAGCUUUACAGAUCUAGUGGGCCUAAAGUGGUUCUGAUCUGCCCUAUGAGGGUGUGCUAAUGUUUGCUGCCGACACACAGCCAUUUGCAUUCUGUGUUUUAUGUCACGUUAGCUGUGUGAGCCGAGAAAGAACGGGACUUGUUGGCGAUCUUUGAAUGAAUCUACUUCUCCUCGACGAGUGAGGUAUGAGAUGUAGAUACUUUGACUUGUAUGUGUUACACGUUCAGUAUUUAUAAAAAAUAUAUAUAUCUGUCAGCGAAACAGUGCCGUACUUUUCUUCAGGGUUAGAAGAGCUGUCGGCAAAUUGGACUGAGUUUGCCAAAAACGCAAGAUCUUUUUGUCCCUUACUCCCACUCUUACGAGAUUACUGUAUCUAGUACACGAACGUACGUACGCAUAAACCUGUUUCAUGAACAGGGUACAGUGGACACCGCUUAUGGUGAUCACGUCUGUCUGGGUCAAAUUGAUCACUAUAAAGUGAUGAUUAUUAUAACGGGUUUUUUUUUCCUUUUUCUUUAUUUUUCAUGCAGAUAAUCGUCCAACUGACAUUUGUAUAUUUAUUACAUCAAUAUAAUGAAACUAUUUACCAAUUUAAAGGUAAAAUAACAUAAACUUCACCGUGGCUAAUCUCCUGCUCCGAACCCAGUCUGAACCGCAGUC